GACGAAACACACACACAUACACCAAGAAGCACGACGACUCCAGACAAGUCUCCGGUACACGUUUUCCAACCCUUUUGACCAAUUCCGUCUCUAAUUCUUUUUGCCGUUUCCAACAUUGCACCCUCGAAUCCUUUUCUUCGUCUCCUUUCCAGCUUCCAGGUCUAGAGAGGCUUAUCCCACUUCCCCCUCCUCUCCAGCCAGAGGUCGUCCACAUUCUACAGGCCUUGCCCGGCCCAUCCUUGGAUUACAUACACAUAUAUACACCUAGACGUACCAAGACACACACACCUACACACACACAUGUAAAGCACCGCACCAAAAUGAACGAGCACGACGCCGCCGUCCGGCGUAUCGCCGAGGCCGUCCGGGACCACCACUCCCGCCGCGAGCCCUUCCGCAUCUUCCACGGCGCCACCAGCAGCACCCGGCCCCCCCACGGCCAGCGCGUCGUCGACAUCAGCGCCCUGCGCCGCGUGCUGCGCGUCGACGCCGCCGCCGCCACCGCCGUCGUCGAGCCCAACGUGCCCAUGGACGACCUCGUCGCCGCCACCGUCCGCUGCGGCAUGCUGCCCCCCGUCGUCAUGGAGUUCCCGGGAAUCACCUGCGGCGGCGGCUUCGCCGGGUCCGCCGGCGAGAGCAGCUCCUUCCGCCACGGCUACUUCGACGAGACCGUCCGCUCCGUCGAGAUGGUCCUCGCCAACGGCGACGUCGUCACCGCCUCCGACGCCGAGAACCCGGACCUCUUCCGCGGCGCCGCCGGCGCCCUCGGCACCCUCGGCAUCGUCACCAAGCUCGAGCUGCGCCUCCUCCCCGCCAGGCGCUUCGUUAAAGUCAGCUACCACUCCUACUCCACCAUCCCCGAGGCCAUCGCCGCCAUCCGCCGCGAGACCGCUCUCGCCCACAACGACUACGUCGAGGGCCUCGUCUUCUCUCGCACCAGCGCCGCCGUCGUCACCGGUCACCUGACGGACGACCUCCCGGACAAGUGCCGCCCGCGGACGUUCCGCCGGCCUGGAGACCCCUGGUUCUACCUGCACGCCCGGAAGCGCAUCGCCAACGGCACCCCGACCCCGGACUACGUCCCGCUGCAGGACUACCUCUUCCGCCACGACCGCGGCGCCUUCUGGAUGGGCGAGCUCGCCUUCCGCUACUUCGGCUUCGUGCCCUUCAACAGGUUCACCCGCCGCGCCGUCGACGGGCUCAUGGACACCCGCACCCUGUACAAGGCCGGCCUCGGCGGCGGCGGCGGCAGCGGCCGCAUGACCUUCCGCUACCUCGUCCACGACCUCUCGCUGCCCUACACCACGGCCCAGGACUUCAUCGACUACGUCGCCGACACCCUCGAGAUCUGGCCGCUCUGGCUAUGUCCCCUGCGCGCCCUCGCCUCGACCCCCAGCUUCCACCCGUACACGACGGAACCUGGCGGCGACGGCAACGGCAACGGCGAGGGCAACGCCGUCACGCAACCCAUGCUCAACGUCGGCGUCUGGGGCCCCUCGUCCAAGAAGAUUGACCGGUUCGUCCGCCAGAACCGCGACCUGGAGGCCAAGCUGGCCGAGCUGGGCGGCCGCAAAGUGCUCUACUCGCACGCCUACUACACCGAGAAGGAGUUCUGGGACGUGUACGACAGGGAAUGGUACACGGCGCUGCGGGAGCGCUACGGCGCCACCAGCCUGCCCACCGUCUUCGACAAGGUGACGGUCGACGUCGGCAGGGAGCGGGAGCGCAAGUCCCUCCGGGACAGGGUCGCCGUGUCAUGGCCGUUUGCGGGCCUCAUCGGGGUGUGGUCUGCGAUUCGGAAGUGAGCAGGAGAAGGAGGAGGAGUAGUAGUAGGAGCGGGACCGUCUGGGGACGGGACGUGGACUUGGACACAGGAUUGCGUAAUGCUCAAAGUCGUUGCCUGGGGACGGGCGGCGCUACGCAGGUGCGUAUACUACGGAGGGGCUUGAUGAACCAUCAUGAACCAUCAUGAACCAUUAUCACGACUGGUCGGGGCGUUGGUUUAAGCGUUUCUUCACACAGGGGGUGGGAGGGAGGCACUGCUUUGGUUGGGGUCUUGUGCAUUUACGCCAGGUUCCAGUUGUUUACAUUGGAAGGACUUUCAUCUUCCGUUCAGCCCAGAUGGGUCAACGAACGGAGUUAAUACCAUGGGUUUUAUGACACGAUGAUACAUCUAUCAUAUAUCAACCUGCUUUGAAGAAAGGCCUGGCAUGUUCCCAAUAUCUGCCACGUUACCAAAUAAAGAAU